AUGAAUAAGAAAGGGAGAUGUAAAAGUCAAAAAAGUAAGCAAAAGCAUAAGCGGCCCAAGGAAUCAGAGAAGAAAGUUGUAUUAGCUGGUAGCAGUGAUUCCGAUGAGAAAUCUUCCGAUGUCGAGAGGUCACGAUAUUCAGCUAAAGCUGUAAAUUGUAAGAAAUGCUUGAAAUCAGAAAAUAAACAUACACAUUCUCAUGCACCAGAUAUUAAAGCAAUGAUGGAUAUUUUUGGUGAAAAACCAACAGUAGAAAAUUUUAAACGUGUUUUACAAGUUAUCAAUGAACUUGUCGAUAAUUAUGAUAUAUCGGAAAGAAUUACUGAAAUGAUUCAGCAGGGAAUAGAAGUAAUUUUAAUUCAGGGAAUGCAAUUUACGAAUACCACGAUUCAAUACUAUUCGAUACAUGGACUAUCAGUUAUUGUCAAAUAUAUGAAUGAAACACAAUUGAAAAAUUUGAUGCAAUGUGCACUAUUGCAAAGUCUUGCGAUCGCACUAAAAAGUGAUACGGAUUUUAUCGUUCAAGAGUUUAUUGAAUUAUGCUCAUCAAUUGCUAUUAAAAGUAUUGAAAUGCGUGAUAUUCUUGUGUCAUUUGGUACAUUGCAUAUAAGCGGUUUGCUAUCAAUAAAUUAUCAAAUAAUCUCCAAAGAAAUUGCAUUUGUUAUUGCAAUUUUUCUACGUAAUUUAUGUUACCUUAAGCCAGUGCCAGAAUUCAUCCUCAAACACGUCACAAACGGUGCUCGCUACCUUUUACGACAUGAGGAUUAUGAAAUUCGCUUAGCCGCUUUGAAUGCUAUACUUGAAGUAGUAAGUAACAGAGAAUUUGCCGUUAUUUUUGAUGAUGCUUAUAUAGAAAACAUUUUGAAAUUUCUCAACAGUCCAUGGCGUGCUGAAAUUAAAGCAGCAUUUAAUAUUGCAUCAGAAUUUACAAGACAACAAAACUGCAAUACUGAUAAACUUAUUAAAGAAGGAUUUAUUGGAAUGAUUAUAUCUAUUCUUGCACGAAAUUCCACUGUUGAUUUUGGUUACGAUGCUUGUUCAAUGUUAGCAAGAAUUCUAUCCAAUAAGAAAUAUGUGGAAUCCGUGAUAGAAUCAGGCCUUGUAUUAUUACUUAUUGGACUUAUGGAUGAGGGUACCGAUUCAUACAAAAUUAAAGCUUGCAAAGCAUUGACAUACAUGCAUAGCAAUCUUGAUCGAAAGAAUGCUAUAAAAAUAGCUGAUCAAAUGUAUCUUGAAAAAUUAUGCAAUAUUCUUACAAACGACAAUAACAAUUGUAUAGCAUGUGCUCUUGCACUUAUAAAUUCCAUAUUGGAGGCAUGUUCAGAGGAAAAAAUUGAAGGACAACUAAAGCAGGCAACGAAAUAUAUUAAAGGAUCGGAAGCCUAUGAACAUAUUAUGCAAUAUGCUAGCAGUGAGUGCUAUAAAGUACAAAAUUUGGCAGAAAAUGUAUUUCAUCAUUUAAAUGAUAAUGUUAUGAAUGAUAGAGAUGAAGAAGUUAGCCAAGUUACAAAUUUCUAA